AUGAUGGUUCGACGAAAUGGACGGUUCGCUAAAACCAAUAAACCAGGCAAUCCAGGCCAAUUUGGAAAGAAACUUGAUAGCGUGAUAGCGAAUGAGGAUACCAGUUUCCCUGGAGUGUGCAUUGAGGUGCUCGUGGAGGUGCCACCAGGUAUUGCUAUAUCAGGCUACAUUGGGGAUGUGUACAUAUUCCACUCUAUGCACAAUGAUAGGCCGGCUGUCUUCUCUCGUACCUGGGAAAAAUACCUCUACUUCCAUGAGUAUGGUUACUGGAUGAUUGGGAACACCCUUGGGGUUAAUGGUGCAUUUGUCUCAGUGUACAGCCAUGUAGUGAACCCAGAAGAUGCGCAGCUGACUAAGAACUGGACCUAUUGGGGAGAUAACCAAUGGAAUGUGGAACCAAGAAUCAAUGUCACCUGCUUAAAUGAGACUACAAUGUUUGUUCCUGAUCCUACAACAGCUGCUAUGGAAACAACUGUCAGUCAAUCUACUACCCUAGUAACUGGCUCUGUUACCUUAACAACAACUGAAUAUGAGUCUACUACCCUAGUAACUGACUCUGUUACUUUAGCAACAACUGAAAAUGAGUCUACUACUGUAGUAACUGACUCAAUUACUUUAGCAACAACUGAAGAUGAAUCUAGUACCCUAGCAACAGACUCUGUGACUAUAGCAACAACAACUGAAGCCAGUUUCCCUGGAGUGUGCAUUGAGGUGCUUGUGGAAGUGCCUCCGGGUAUUGCUAUAUCUGGCUUCAUUGGGGACGUGUACAUAUUCCACUCUAUGCACAAUGACAAGCCAGCUGUCUUCUCCAGUGCAAAGGACAAAUACCUCUACUUCCAUGAGUAUGGUUACUGGAUGAUUGGGAACACACUUGGAGCUAACAGUGCAUUUGUCACAGUGGCCAGUAGAGUAGUGAACCCAGAGGAUGUGAAGCUGACUAAAAAUUGGACCUACUGGGGAAAUAGCCAGUGGAAUGAAGAGCCAAGAAUAAACAUCACUUGCUUAAAUGAGACUAUAGUAUUCGUUCCUGAUCCGACAACAGCUGCUAUGGAAACAACUGUUAGUCAAUCUGCUACCCUAGCAACUGAGUCUGUUACCUUAGCAACUGAAGAUGUGACUACUACAGAGUCUACAACAACAAUGAUAACUAUAGAUGUCACACCUGAUUUACAAGAAAAUGCAACUGAACCAGGGUAUAAGAGAGCUAAGAGAAUAGUUUGGGAGCCAUCCGAAGCAGAGGGAGCAGAUGCUAUGGGUAGCAUGUGGCUUAUCCUGGUCAUCUGUGCUAUAAUAGGGAUUGUCUUAUUAGAUGUUGGCAAGCUAACAAAACACUUGAAGAGAGCUUACAAAAAUAUCAAAUUUGGAUGUGAUAAAAAUUCUGUUGAAAGGCAUAAAGGUCCAGCUUCUGUGCUGUGUAGUGACCAGCCUGUCCAUCAUAUACCAUCACCAUAUAUAGAAACAGAACAGAUCCAUGACACACCAAGUGUAAGUGGUGACUCACCACAUAAAAAUUCUGAAUUCAAAGACACACCACUAGGUAACUCUCCUAGUAAGUACAUUACCUACAAGACACCGCCAGAUUCACCUAAUAUGGAUACAAUUAAUGAACUGUCCGAGGAACAGGUAGAUGCAGAAAGGAGAUUAUCCAAACUCUCAUUGACUUCUUUAUGCAAGGAUAUAACUAACCUAGACCCCAGACAAAGCAGUGAUGUCUAACCAAUAAUUUUAUAUUUACUCAUGUAUAUAGUUUGUUUAUAAUAACAUAUAUUUUUAUAGAAUACACCAUUG